CACACAAUAGAUGUGUCAAAUGUUUUUGCGAGAGUCACUCGAUGCUCGGUGUUUCGUGUAUUUUUGCCAAAAUUAGUGUACUCGUGCCCCAGUUUCUUGUGCAAACACCCCCCUAAGUGACCCUCUGUGACUGUGCACGGUGAGGAUGCUUGACACACUGAAGCAAUUCAGUCCCAUUGGCGAUACGGGAUGUCUGGUAACAAAGAACAAAACCACCAUCAUCACAAAUCUCUAUGAGGGCAUCCCAGAGACAUUGAUUCUCAAUAUCAUCGCCUGGGUAUUUCUCAUGAUCCUCUUCGCGGUGCUGCGUCAGCAGGCCUGGGACUAUGGUCGGCUGGCCCUGGUCAAUUCGUCUGGUGACAACCGUCGCUGGACACAACUCUUCUAUGCCCAGGGCAGUGAUGAGGGAGCCGCCGAUGAGAGUCGUCAGGCAAUAAAUGGCACUGCUCGAUCGUCCACUUCGAGUGGCGUCGAAGCGGCAAAUGGAAGUGCAGCUGGGCAGGCGAGCAAACGCACCAGUGCUGCAUCCACAGGAGCCCCCAUUGACAGGGGUUUCUUAUCGUGGAUUCCAGUGACAUUGAGGUUGCGGAAGGAGCAGAUUUUGGCCCACAGUGGACCAGAUGCCUUGCACUAUCUCUCCUUUCAGCAACAUUUGAUUGUGGUUACAGCCAUCAUCACACUUGUGUCCAUUGUUAUCAUCCUGCCUAUUAACUUUCACGGUGACCUCAUUGGGGAUGUUAAUACUUUUGGUCACACAACAGUGUCCAAUCUGGAUCCAACUUCGAGUGUCCUCUGGGUCCAUGUAAUUUGCGCCAUUGCCUUUGUGCCUCUGGUGGUGCUGACCAUGAGGAGAUCAUCGGGAAGAUAUGCCGGCAAAGUGGCACCCACAAGGACAAUUAUGGCCACGGACAUUGAUUCCAGGGAUCGCAAUAAAGCUAAUAUACGCAGCUAUGUCAACGAACUGUUUCCAGACAUUGAAAUUGAAGAUGUUCAUCUGACGUACAACAUCACAAAACUCAGUUCAGUGGUUCUGAAAUGGCUGAGUCACUGGACACGAUCCAAGCAGAAUUAUUCAAUUAUGACAAAAUCUUUUGGAUAUCUGUUGUUUAUGAUCCUGAUUUUACCUUCACUGGGACUUACAAGUGCUCAGGCAUUCCUCGAGUGGACGUUGCACUACUCCGAAAACGGAACUUACAGAUGGGAGUGUAUCUUCCUCCCAGACAGAGGUGCCUUCUUCGUCAACUACGUCAUCACCUCAGGGUUCAUUGGAACAGGUUUAGAGUUGAUUCGCUUCCCUGAACUCAUUGUCUACAUGUGGAUGCUGUGCACGGCCAAAUCACAGGCCGAAACGCCUCACAUUCGCAAAUCAAUUGUGGUGGAAUUCCCAUUUGGAAUUCACUAUGCCUGGAUGAUCAUGGUGUUCACAAUGAGCGUAGUCUAUAGCCUGGCAUGUCCACUCAUAAUGCCCUUUGCUAUGAUCUACCUGCUCCUGAAACAUUUCAACGAUAGGCACAAUCUGUACUUUGCCUACAGGUACAGUAAUAUGAUCAGUCAGGGAGGUGGAAAGAUCCAUUCGACAGCUGUCACGAUGACAAAGUUUUCGGUUGUGCUGUUGCUAAUUAUCAUGGCAGCUCUGGCAAGUCUUCGGUCAGCCGGCGUAGACGCGAGAGCAGUGGUACUGGUGAUUUCUCUCUGUGUCACCCUCACGCUGUUUGCCUUUAUGUCACCCAUCAAACGAUGCACAACGCGGCCUCCGACGAUUGUGGAGGCUGAAGGACCUCCACCCGUAUACACUCCAGAAGUCCUCAGGGUACCCUUUCCUUUGCAACCUGCAGCUUCAUCAACUCCCUCCACCAGCUACGGCUCUGGCAGUGCCCACUCGAUUAUCGUGGAUGAUCAAGAAGUGCCCAUCCGGACGGUAUCUGCCUAAAGAGAGUCAAACACACUCAUUCUCUCUCUCUCUCUCUCGCUAGCUUAACUCUGUGAGGCCUUCCGCAAACCCUUCAUCACUCGAGGGACGACAAGAAGAGCAAAAGAAAAUUGGGAGACAGCAAGAGUUCCAAGAUGAAUUGAGAAGAUAAAGCCAGUGAUUGCAAAGAAAAAAAAAGUUAAUUACACUAGUGAAUAUUUUUUUUAAGUAUAAGUAAAGAAGGAAAAAACAUGAAAAAUUAAUUUAUUAUAAAUUAUAUAAUUCAGUUUUUUUUGUAUUGUGUUUUUAAAAAACCGUCUUGUCUCCUUGCAUUUAUAUGAAUUUGAUGAAAUUUUUAAAAUUGUUUUUCCUUUUUUGUAGAAGUAGAUUUUUAGCUGUUUUUUUCUCUUUUUCUCUCUGUUGUCAACAGAACUUUAGGUCGUGAAUAGUGAAAAUUCAUAAAGUAAUAUUAAAAAAAAUAAACAAAGUUUUGAGCACCAUUUAGAGAAAGAUAAACUUCACAGAAAAAAACAUGUAGUAAUAUUUCCGUUCUUUAGUAUUAACAACUCUUUGAAAUUUAUCUCCCAGUUGAGAAAGAAAUUUUUUUUAAUUAUAAUCUGCAGUAAUGCUGAGAAGGUAGAUUUAUGAGAGACAGACCACUAAUGUGAUUUAAUAUCCAAAUCUAUAAUAUUUAAUUUAUUGUUAAAAAAAAAACAAAAUUAAAAAAAAAGAUAAAGACAUUCUUCAGAUUGAAAGCAAAUUCUAAAAAAAAAAAUAAAAAUAAAAAAAAGAGUUUCGCAAAGUUUUUUGGGCAUGUUUCAAGAAAUGCAGGAGGUGUAAAUAUUUGUAAGAGAUAGUGGAUAAAAACAAAUUGAGAAAACAAGGAGAUUUGUAUAUUUUGAAUACCAUAUUGUAAUUUAUUGUAAUAUUGAGAAGAAAAAUAAUGAAGAUAUU